AUGUAUCCCAACAUCAGGGCAUUUCACAGCUUUCUAACGGAUGCCAAGGUUGAAGAAAAGAACAUUCCGCUGAGUAAACUGUCUUGCUUACCGGACACCAACCAAGUUUCUUUGGUUUUUGAUGGUAACAAGAUUCUGGAUGUUAUUACGCAGGCUGUCCGUGAGAAUGAUGGUGUUUCUGUUUAUACUACCACAACUUCCUUAGCUCUGUAUGAGCAAAUAAGCAUGUUUUGUGAGUUGUCUACAGAGUUGCUCAAGAACCAUUUAAAACAGAAUGACACUGACUUUAAGGCGAUCUUUACUUUUAAUGGAUGUGGGUUCACUCCUCAUCCAGAGGUUAAUCCGGUAGCUCCCACGCAACCACCUACAGAAGUUCUUCACAGCUCGGUCUUCAAUCAAAACUUAUCUGCCAAAAAUCUUUCACACGAUACAGUGAAACGAUGCGCUGCUAGGUUUUUCAUUGAGGAGGAUGUAGAAGCCAGGAUUGUGCGCAUGUUUCACGAAAACUGCACCAAUACAUUUCGCGCACCCUAUCUUGCUUGGAGUCAGAUAUCAGCUUUCUUUGCUCCGAAUAACCAAUACGCAUCCGAGGUGUAUGGUUGUCUGGAGCUGCUAGCAUUCCCAGGAAUUGAACGUGUAGUGACUAAUAUCAAUAUUGAAAACCAAACAUUUGAUUGUAUCACCAAAUCCACUGUGCUAGCAUCGGUACGCAAACGAUGCUUAGACUUUAGCGAAGAGGAUCUUUCUAGUAUUCUUCUUUUCGAGUCUAAAAACAGUCUUUUUUACGUCAAUGGGAUGCCCGACAUUUUCGAUGACUUUUGUCGAUACUCAUCGUCCGAACAUGGGUCGCGCGCGAUGAACUUUUUGAACUCUUCCACUCGCAUAAAAGAAGAGGAGAAAAAACUCCUGCGGCGUAAUUUGGCGGCAUUGGAUGCACCUGUCCUCGUGAAGGAUAGUCGUUGUGUGUUUCUUUCCAAACUGUAUAAUAAAAAAAAGCAGAGCGACGUCACCGCUGCGUUUGGAAAGCGCCUUCCGUCGGUGUUUUAUUUCUUCAUCUUUGGGGGUCCUGUUAUGACGGCAUCUUACGCGGCACUAGGGCAGGGAACUUUUGUUGACAAUUGGCCGCUAAUCGAUACCUCGACGUACCGUGGUAUCGCGGAGAAUGUGUUCCCGCUACGUGUGCAAAUCGCUUUUCAGUUGUUUCUCUACACGGGUUAUCGUUCGAGGCUUCGGUGGUUGCGGCAGUACAUCUUAUUUAAAUUCAAGGAAGAAAACGAUCGCCGUUGGUCACCUAUCGAGGAGCCGCCGGAGAUUGUGUUGGCUUCGUGGGUUGUUGAGCCCGAAAUAUUGGUUACAAACGAGGAUAAUAAUGUCUUUUUAUCAGACAUUCUGGCAUUCCAAGAGUCGGCCGUAUCGGAGAAGUUGGUGUACCCUGACAUUCGAACGUCUCUCGCGGUUAUCCUGUUAAAGUCCUUAGAUUUGUUGGGCUACUUUACACAUACGGCUGAGGGAGUUGAACUGAGUGGGCCGUCGAUUUUCAGCAGGGCAUUGGAGAAGUUUAACUGCCCAACACUCAGUGAGUAUGGUGUUCUAGUCAUUGAGCUAGUCCGAACCCGCACACUUCAUGGCGAUUGCAUUCCUCUAGUUAUUCCGCAUUCAAACAUACCGAAUGAGGGGCCGCCGCGAUCCGUGCGCUUCGCGGCUCGUUUACUUUCCGUUAUCCCACUUAACCUUAUGGCGCCGUGGUCGGGGCCAUUUGAUCUCGAAAUGGCUGCAUUUGGAACGUCGUCGCGGCUUCUUGGACGGAUGCUUCGAAUCCUCACGGAGGCGAUGGCGGCACUUUUGUUCGCCACCAAGUCAACUAACGUCCCAUUGAGUCAGUUUGAUGAAAUUAUCAAACGUUUACCGUUUGGCAUUCCCGUAGAAUUCAAUGCUGGUUUCCUUAUGACAUAUGUUUUGAUGACCGAGUGCUCUCUGGAUGACCUUCGGCGCACGUUUCCCGAGUUAUACAACCUUGAAGAGGAUCUUCGGACGAUAUUCUGGUUUUGGAAGAUGGCUUCCGAGGCGCUGUCGUUAAUUUCCGCGGAAGAACCGGCAUUAGUAGACUAUUUUGUUCUAUGUGAGGCUCACACAUUAGUUAGCGUUGCCUGCUUGCGGCUGUGCCCAGGAUUCUGGAACGAGGCAUUUGUAACGAUGCAGCAAGAAAGUGAUUUCGGGAUGAAUGGGGUAAACCAGGUUCAAUAUAAUAUGAGUUCUGUAUCAAUGCCGGUUAAUAGGACAAUGAAAAAUGGUAAUUACUAG